AUGUCCUCCCGCUUAAUGACGAUGAAGUUCAUGCAACGUGCUGCAGCCUCUACUCCUCCUUCCACGCCUCAAUCGCAGCCCCGCACCCCAGAUACUCCCCCUUCCAAACGCCAGAAAGUAUCUGCUGCUCCAUCUUCGACAGCCACACCACCUUCUGAUCUACAGCUGAUGCAAACCGCUUUGACUGAGGAGGAAGAGAAGACGGAGAAAACAAUUGAGAGACUAGCAGAGGAGGCUGGAGAAACGAAAUGGGUUCUGAGUACUGUGAAUGGAGAAGAAGGGAAUGGUGUAGGAGGGCUACGGGUUGCUAAGGCUGGAUACUCUGAGACUGACCAAGAAGCUUGGAGGCCUGCUAUGGUAGGGCGGAGGAGUUUCGGAAAGUUCAAUCGAGAAUUGGAGAAGCGACAAUAUGGCGUAGCCGAUGAAUCUUCGUCGUCCAGCGAUAAAGACUUCGAAGCCAGCGAAGAGGAGGACGGCGAAGAAAGUGAUGAUCCUGCUGGUACAAGAGAGUUGCUCCGUGCAUCGCAAGAGGAGGCCACGAGGCGCGCCAAUGACGAGCGACACCAGCGCAAACAACAGCGGAUAACUGAAAAGGCUGAGCUAGCACGUCUGGCCGAGCAAAGACGAAGCAAAGAGGUGAAACUGAACAGGUUAUUCUCUAUUUCAGGGGGCGGUGGGGGUGGAGGCAAACCAGGUGGCAGCAGCAAGCAGGACAUGGAGUGCUAUUCGUGCGGCGAGAAAGGUCAUGCCAAGAGGGACUGUCCACAUAAAGGGAAGCGAAGGAACAAGGACUGGCAUGGUAGGCCUGCGAAGAGAUCUAAAUCAUCGUUAGACUACUGA